AUGGCCGCCUCCUCGCCGCCGCACUCCUUCAUUCUCAACGUCUCCAUGGUGAUCCUCUUGGGGCUCACGCUACAGGGCGGGUGGAACUCUCAGCCCUCGGGGCUGGUCUCCGCGCAGGCCCCCGGCCUGGGCGCCGACGCCAACCAGACGGCGGCGCCCUCGGCCGCCGGGGAAGCGGCGCUGGUCAAGCCCACGCCGACGGCCGAGUCGGAGGACGCCUCGGUGCCGUCCAUCGGCAGCCGCUGCUGGGGAUACUACGACGUCAUGGGCCAGUGGGACCCGCCCUUCAACUGCGACGCCGGCAUCUACAUGUUCUGCUGCGGCUCCUGCUUCUACCGCUUCUGCUGCCAGUUCCGGAUACACAGCCUGGACCAGACGUCCUGCUCCAACUACGACACGCCCGUCUGGGCCAACACGGGCAAGCCGGCGGCGCCCGUCACGGAGGUCCAGGAGGAGCCCGACCGGGACCGGACCCACAUGAUCGUGUACAUCAUCUGCGGUGUGGUGGCCAUCAUGGUGCUGGUGGGCAUCUUCACCAAGCUGGGCCUGGAGAAGAGCCAGGGCGGGCAGACCGACAUGACCAACUCCAGGACUCUGACAGAGUUGCUGAAGCAGCCAGGGGAGGGAGGGGGCGUGGAUGGGCAUGGCGGUCACCACCCCAUAGGAACCAACGGCAUCUCUGCCAGAACCCUGCGCUCCAAAAACGAUCAUAACCACCUGAACAAUGCAGCUCUGCCCCCUCUGGGUCCUGCCAUGGCGCUGUCCCAUCCCCACAACAACCUGGGCAUCGGCUUCAACAAGUACACGUCCCUCAAGGCUGUGGACUCCACGGCGGGCCGGGACUACUACAAGAGCUACCCCAUGGUGGACUACGGCCACCGCCAGUCCCCGCCCUCCUUCCAGCCCGUCUCCUUCCACCCCAAGGACAAGCCCUUCCUCCCGCCGCCGGACAUCCACGCACCCCUGGCCCUCACCCUGGCCAACGCCUCGCAGAUCCCCAAGCCCAAGAUCGCCAAGACCAACACGCACCCGCUCACCUCCAGCUCGGCCUUCAAAGCCUGGGACCCCAGUAAGAGCCACCCCGGCAGCUCGUCCCCGCACCCGGGACAGAUCCACAUGGGCCUGCCGCAUCAACAGCAUCAACAGCAUCAACAGCAUCAGCAGCAUCAACAGCAGCAGCAGAGCCGGCGGCAGCUGUACUCCAACAAGAGGCAGUUCAGCAUUGAGACCCUUCCCGAGCUCUUCACCCAGCCGCUGGUGUACGGACACUCGCCCCACGUGCACCCCAAGCACAAGGGGCUGCCCACCAACAGCAAGACCGAGGUCACCGUCUGA